AUGGCUAUCGAAGAACCCCAAAAAUCUGCCCCCGACGCCCAGCAGGCCGAUCCGGCCUCCAAAAAGCGCAAACCAGCCCUGGACGAAAUCGAAGUCGACCUUAAUCUUCCGGAGCCUCCCUCGAAGAAAGCCCGCCGUGCGCUCAAGAAGGGCAAGGCCCUCCCUACAAAGCCAAAGAGCGACGACGAGGACGAAGGACACGAAGGCGAAUCUGACGCGGCCGACGGUGCACCGGAUGGGAACAAGAAAAAGAAGGAACGCUCGCCGCAUGGAGUGUGGAUUGGCAACCUGCGCUUCUCCGUUACAAAGCCCGAGCUACGACAAUGGCUUGUAGACAACUCAGGCGGAAGCAUUCCCGGCGACGCCAUUACCCGUGUACACAUGCCUACCAGCAAGUCCACUAGAGGUCCGGGCCCCAAGACGCCUUCGGAGAACCGCGGUUUCGCCUACGUCGAUUUCGCCACCUUCGACGCCAAUGUCGCAGCAAUUGCUCUCUCUGAGACCGAAUGGCACGGCCGGAAAUUACUGAUCAAGGAUAGCAAGAGUUUCGAGGGGCGUCCGAAGAAGGAGCCGGCGCCUGUCUCCGCAGACGGGACCAACGGUAACGCCAAUGCAAACGGGCUCCCGGCGGACGGCAAGACGAGCGCGGCGCACGGUGCUGGUGGUAGCACCAAGAUCUUUGUGGGCAACAUGUCGUUCAACACGACUAAGGACGACUUGCACGCGCAUUUCGAAAAGUGCGGCAAGAUUCGCUGGAUCAAGGUGGCCACCUUCGAGGACUCGGGCAAGUGCAAGGGGUAUGGAUGGGUCAACUUUGAGGAUCCAGAGGCCGCGGCUUGGGCGGUCAAGGGUUUUGUCAAGGUGCGAGAAACCGUCGAGACGCUCGAGGAUUUCAUGGACGAAGAUGAGAAGGUAUCAAACACAGCCGACAACGACGGAGAACCCGAACCGAAAGUGAAAGCGGAAGCAGACGGUUCCAGUGGAUCCGACUCGGAUUCAAGCGACUCCGACGACGAAGCCAAACCCGAAAAGACCAACUCCGGAUCUAAAACGAAACCCACCCCCGUUGCCACUCGAGAACCUGCACGAACACGCACCCGUAAAUGGUGGGUUAACCAGCUUCUCGGCCGCAACCUUAAAAUCGAGCUUGCCGAAGACGACCAGACCCGCUACCACAAACGCUUCGGUAAAGGCGCCGCUUCCAGGCGACAGCAGCAAGAACAGAAUCAACAAGACGGUUCAAGGCCGGGUGGUUGGCAGGGGCAACGACCGGCCCGAGAGAGGGGACAAGUUGGGGAGCGUAGUGGGAGGAAGGAACCAAAACCUAUCGGCCAUACUCAGACAGAUAUCAGUGUCGCGCGGUUGACUGGUGCGGCGGUUGCACCACAGGGAAAGAAGGUUACUUUCGAUUAA